UUCCCCAAAUCGAAACCCAAAUCCAAAUCGAAUCGAAUCGAGGAACAAUUUGCGAAACGGAACUGCCAACUCUUCCUUCCCCUCGAUUCGCUCGCUCGCCAAUCCCACCCACCGCCGCCGCCGCCGGUCGAACUCCGGCGACGAAGCUCGCUCGCUCACUAGCUAGGGUUAGGGUUAGGAUUGGGCCGCCGCGAGUUGUUCCUGCUUGCUUGAUUAAUCUCCGGUCCGGUCCGAUCCGAUCCACCGCCGAUUCGGUCGAUUUGAAACCCUAGAAAUCCUCCCAAGGUGAUGGAUCCCAGCCAGAUGAUGCCCCGUAGCUUCCCCAUGUGGCCGCCGCCGCCCCCGCCCGCCGCCUCCGACGCCAUGCCUCCCCCGCCGCUGCCGCUGCCCCAGCCCUUCCUCGCCCCGCCCCAGCCCAACCGCGGCUGGAAGCGCAAGAACAACCCCAACAACAACCCCAACCUCGCCGGCGGCGGCGCCUACCAGCCCCCCGCCAUCGGCGACCUGCAGGUGCAGAACCGCGCCAAGGCCCGCCGCUGGUUCAACAACCCCAACAACGCCGGCGGCGGCGGCAACCCCAACAACGCCGGCGGCCGCAAGUACUUCUUCCCCAAGUCCAACAAGGGGGGCAACAAGGCCAAGGCGCCGCGCAACACCACCUCCUUCAUCAUCCGGGCCAAGCGGGCGGGGGGCAUCGCCUCGCUCGUCUCCCCCUGCCCCGUCACCCCCGCCGUGCUCCCCACCCCGCGCAUCUCCCCCUCCCGCGAGGGCCUCUCCGACAUGGCCCAGCAGCAGUGGGGCGUGGACGGAUACGGCUCCAUGAAGGGCCUCAUCCGCCUCCGAGCCUCCUCCCCACGCCACCCCGACGCCGAAGGGGAUGACGACGACUCCAGCAGCGGCAGCGACGUCGAGGAGCACGUCGAGGUCGAGCGCCGCCUCGACCACGACCUCAGCCGCUUCGAGAUGGUCUACCCCGGCGGGAUGGCCAACGGAGCCGCCGGCUACGUCUUGGAGGACCUCGACGAUGAGUACGACCAGGACGUGCACGUCGCCAGGCUCGAGGAGGAGAACCUGACUCUCAAGGAGAGGCUCUUUCUCAUGGAGCAGGAGGUCGGUGACAUGAGGCGCCGUCUCGAGGCCAUCGAGGCGCGCUUUGCAGGGGCCGACGGGGUUGCUGCUGCUGGCAGCGCCGACAAUGCUGCUCUUGUCCUCCAGCAGAGGGCUGAUGCUGAUGCUGAGAAUGGCGUUGAUGCCGCGCCUGUUGCAGGCGAUGCUGUAAUUGUUUCUCUGGAAGAUGCUAAUGCUAAUGCUUCUGGUGCUGAAAAUGCUAAUCUACUUGAGAAAGCGAAGGGUGAUGCUGCCUCUGCUUCUGAUGACACUGUUGAGGAUGCUCUGAAGAUUGACACUGAGAUGGAUGUUGCUGCCUCUGCUUCUGCUAACGCAGUUGAAUUUGCUCUGAAGAAUGACACUGAGAUGGGUGUUGCUGCCUCUGCUUCUGCCAACGCAGUUGAGUUUGCUCUGAAGAAUGAUACUGAGAUGGGUGAUGCUGGCAACUUGGUUGAGGAGGCUCUGGAGAAUGUCACGGCGAUGGCUGAUGCCGUUUCUGGUGCUGAUAAUGCAGUCAAGGAGUCUGACAUGAACAGGGGUGAUGUAGAGCAGGAGAAAAGUGGUGAGGACAUGGCCGGUGCAGGUUCAGAGAAGAAUGCAGAGAUGGCUGAUACUACUGGAAGUGGAGAGGAAGAGGGCAAGGAGCAGGCCUGAUGCUCCAGCUAGAAAACGGUGAACAGAGCAAGCAGGCCUCUGAUGACGAGGGCUCCUGCUUGGAGAUGGAAGAUGGACAGUGGAAAAAUGCACAAGGGUUUCCUUCCCUGGUUGUUUGUUACUGUACAUACUUGCAGAUGAAGCCAUGCGGCGUGUUUCGGUCUUGGGGACUGAAACGUCGCGUGACCGAGGCGGUGGUUUGUCGGCGUCGGUGAUGUUAUAUGUUUGUUGCCAUUUUGAGUUCUCUAUAUUCGGAACCUGUAGUGUUUUAGCGGACUAGCUAAGCUGCUGCUCAAGGUGGUAGUAAGAUACUCCUAUGGAUUUGUCGUUACUGUUAAGAUGAUGUUGUCAAGAUGAUGACUCUGUUAUUGCUGUAUCCAUCCAUACCGUGCUAUCAUGUUUAUUAAUUUGGUCUCGCA